AUGACGCAGGAGAUCCUGGAUGCGGCGACGCGAUCGCCGGAGUCGUUCGUCGUCGUCGACGGCAACGGCCGCGUCGUCGCCGGCGUGAUUAACUUCGAUCUGGAGAACGAGCCGCCAACCGCGUUCCUGGGCAUGAUGGCGCCGAUCGAGGCGAUGCUGGUGCGGGGGGAGGCGAGCGCAAGACGGGAGAUCGCGCGGCGGGGCAUCGCGCCGGGCCGCACGCUGCAUUGCUUCGUCAUGGCGACCGACGUGUCGCUCGGGUUCGCGGAGAACGUGCGGCUGAUCGGUCUGAUGGAGGAGGAGAUGUUGAGGCUGGCGGCGCGAGGCGGGUAUGCUGCUGUGCUGACUGUCAACACCAACCGUGUGACGCAGGAAAUUUGUAAAGCACUUGGAUACGAGAUGUACGAAAUGGUCGAGUUCUGCACCUUUGAGUUUGAGGGUAGGCGGCCAUUUGCCGGUGUCAAACCAGGACUCGGAGCCAUAGGUGCCGUAAAGUACUUAUAAACUAAGGGAACUUGGGACUAGGGCUUGAAACUAGUAUUCACUACCAGAAAGGCAACUGUAACUAGAGUGGCCCAGUUUGGGAUGUAGAGCCGAUAUUUAUGUUCUACAGGGUUGAGACAAAACAUGGUUUCAUUUGAAAAGAAAAUAUGAAUACACUAUUUACGUAUGUGCCUUUUUUACGUUAGUGAUAUCAGAGCACAUAUAUCAUAUAUGAUAUGAUAUAUAUGAGAUACGUGCUCUGGUGAUAUAAUAGAAGCGCAUAAGAUUGAUGCGCCACCUAUAAACGAUCAAUUUGCGCUCGACGAUCCCCCACUUUAAUAGAAUUGUACGUGUGCCAUAGUUGUGAAAUAUUAUUUUUUUGCAUUUGCAGAGUAGGCUGUAUAGCUAGUGGCUGUGAUGUGAUGGUCAGUACAUAGCAUUUAUAACCUACAGUACCUGUGUAUGUACGCCUGGUGCUAUAUGGGUGUUUUUUACAUGAUUUUGCCGUCAAUGGCCUUUGGCUUUGUAACGUUCUAGUUUUAAAUCGUAUAACAUUUGAUAAUCGACUUACAGUAUUGUGGUGGCACUAGGGGUGACCACACUGGAUUUUCCCACGCGCUGUGGUUAGCACGUGGAAUUUGUUUG